AUGUAUUACAAUGGGAUUACCAGUCUCAGAACCUCAAAAUUUGAAUUGGUCAUUCGUUGCGAGGAUACGAUGCAAGCCUUCAACCAGGAAUUAAUUCAAUGUAUCGAAGAGCUGAAGACCACGAAAUCCGGCCUCGAAGCCCAGAUCGAGGCCGAAGAGUCCGAGAAGAGCCGGUUGCAGCACGAGGUCGAGCGCAUGAGCAGCAAAAUCAGCCAACUCAACGAGAGCCUCGGCAAAAAAUCGGCCGCACGAGUCGACUACGAGCGCACGAUCCAGGAAACCGAGUCUGCCUACAUGAAGAUCCUCGAAAGCUCGCAGCUGUUGCUCAAUAUGGUGAAGAGGGAGGCAGCCUGCCUGGACCAGACGCUGAGCAGCAGCAACUCCAGUGAGCUCGACGUGACGAAAUGCAGCAACAGGUGCACCAGCAGGGAACCACCGACGUGCGACACGCCAACCCAAGCCUGCCACAAGACCUUGGCCAUCGACCACGUCAGAAAAAAACGCUCGAUCGAGACGUGA